AUGGCAAAGAAGGUAUUGUCUGACGAGUUGAUUGAGCAGCAUUUAGAUAUUCUGUCAGAAACUGAAUACAGUCAAGACUUUUCAAGUGCGCAAAGUGAUAAUGACCUGGCGAAGAACAGAAAAAACUUGUACCAAAUGAAUGGAGUUGGUGACUCUGAAAAUGAGCCUACUCGGUAUGAAGCAUUUACUUCUGCUAAUUGCAGUACCUUCCUCGACGAAAAUAUAAAUGAAGAAUCGACAAAUCCUCAGCCCAUCAUAGCAGGACCAAGUACUUCAUCACGCCAAAAUAGAAGUUGUUUCACUUUAUCAGUUAGAAGAAAUAAAAUUACGAAUAAUGUAACUAAUAAGAGGAAGAAAAUAAAUUUAAUAUGGUAA